AUGCUCGAUUAAUUGUCUUAAAUAACACUCAAUGAAUCUUCCACGUUUGAAACGUAAAGGUUGCCUCCGAGACUCUAAACAACUGAGAAGAAGGGAAGUGGAAGGUUCACUUUUCUCAAAUCUGAGUCGGACGAUAAAUAAACUUAAGCAUAAAAUAACAGAGACAGGAUCAAGUAGCAAUUAAGAGGAAGGAUUCAAUUGAUAAUAAAGAAACCCUUAAAUGAUGAGAAGGAUUUAUAUGAAGAACUACAGGAGUUAGGGCGUAAAUUGGAUGUUGAAAUAAAUGAAUUCGAUUCAGAGUACAUAUGUCCCAAUCUAAAAAAAUUUGAUGAAGAUUACGAGAUGAUGGAAAUUUUGGGAGAAGGCUGUCUAGGAUUGGUCAAAAGGAUUGUACACAAAUAAUCAUAAAUUGAGUAUGCAGUGAAGAUUGUUUAAACAUAAGAUGAUGAAAUAAUAAGAAAUAUGAUUCUUGAGUUUAAAUCAAUGUUUAAGUUGUAACAUGAAAACAUUGUGAAAGUUCAUAAAUUAUAUAUAGAUUUUAAUGAUGGCUUCUAAUCUGAAAGUAAGGCUCACGUGGUUAUGGAAUUGAUUAAGGGGAAAGAAAUGUUUGAGGUGAUCAAUGAAUUAGGACAUUAUAGUGAGAGUGAUGCUAAGGAGUUAUUCAAGCAGUUAUUGAGUGCAAUAGAAUACAUGCAUAGAAACGGAAUUUGUCAUAGAGAUUUGAAACCCAAUAAUAUUUUGUGCGUUGAAAAUAAAAAUUAGAUCAAAGUUACUGAUUUUAAUGUAAAUCUGAAAGAUAGAGAGAAAAUAGAAAUGUGGACAUACACUGGAACCGUAGCAUUUUCAGCUCCAGAAAUAUUCUCAGGAGAAGGUUACAACUAAAUGGUUGACAUGUGGAGUGCAGGUUGUAUUUUAUAUUCCAUGCUUUCAGGAUAAUUGCCUUUCCUUUCUGAUUAUUUGAAUGAUUUGAUCGAGAAAAUUAAAGAAGCUGCAAUAGAAUUUCCCAAUGAUCUCUUUGAACAAGUCUCAGAAGAAGCCAAAGAUCUAAUAAUCUAGUUGUUACAAAAAGAUUGGACAUUCAGACCUCAUCCUGAUGCUGCUCUAAAGCAUUAAUGGUUUUAAAUUGUUGAUGAUGAUUAAGUUCGAAAAAAAUCACUAAGAAAAUUGGCCAUCAGAAAAAAUAUGCCUCGGUUGUCAUCGAAAUAUUCCAAAAACAGUCAUAAACAAAGGAAUAUUCUCUUGGGAUCUUCAUAAACUAUUACAAUCAAGAAUAAUCGUUCUGUUGAUUCAAAGUGUGAUCUUUAACAAGCAGAUUCAUCAAAUAGUUUUCUGAAAAUUCCAACUAAAAAAAGCAUUUUCUUUUCCACUAAUCCAGGUGAAAAUAAAGGAGUUAAUUAAAAUUCAUCUCAUAAUUAAGAGGAAUCUCCUGAUCAACCAAAUUCAUCAAAUUUAAGUGAUGACAUAGGCGAGUUUGAUUAAUGCACAAUUCAUCGGUUUGUAAAUUUUUAAAAGUAAUAUAAUGUUGAUGAUGAAGUCUAAGAAGAAAUAAAAUGA